AUGGAUCCAUCAGUUCCCCUUGCAAACGGCCGCAACAUGCUCGAGGAGCCAGCACCUGAGAUUCUCAUUGAAAUUUUCAGCCACGCCAUCUGCAUCGAGCUCAAUGAAGGCGGCUCGAAGCCAGUCGUCACCUCGAAGCCUCUUGCAUGCUUCGCGCACUUCCGUAAAAAGUCGUCGGGUGCAGGCCUCAGUGUCGCGAGCAAACUCUCUCUUGCAUGGCAGUCGCCAAAUGCAGCUUCCUGCUACCUCGAAGCGCUUCAAAGAUACGUUCUGAACGAACAAGUCACGAUUUACGUGAACAUCGAGGACCUAAACUUCACCAAUUUUCGAAAGCUCCUUACAUCACUCGAGAAGAAGCAAGACGCCCUCCAGCUCUUCUCUAUCGACAAGAAGGCCUGCUCGAUCAAGUUCUCUCACCGCACCACACAUGGUCUCAGGAAGGAUCCUCAGACCUUCGAUCAGUAUUGCAAGAAGUCCAAGAGGCUUGGCAUCACUCUUAACACCGAGCAUAAGAUCAGCGAGGUCAAGGACAGCGAGGCUCUUGGACAGUUUGUAGUGGCACGCAAUGGUAUUCGACUCGAUCCUCAAGCUCCUGGAGUGUCGCAAUCCGAGCAAAUCUACCUACUUUUCAGUCGGUACAAUUUCAGAGAGUGCACAAAUCCUCUCGCUAAUCGACCGGAGAUGCAAGGGCAUAUUGAAGCUCUGAAGGAGUCACAGAAGUUCGAGAACCCGCGUUUUCAGAACACUCGUGAGGGCUGGGCACGUGCUAGUGAGAAGCAUUACCGGGAAGUGAUGGAUGAAAUAGAGAAUGCUCGCGUAAUUGAGAGUUGA